UCGGCGGACGAUUCCCUGAAUACUAAGCUCUCAGCGCGAAAACUCAAUUCCAUUCAGUUGUCUAUUCAACUCGAUCAAUUUACAUAGUAUAUUGUUGGCUAUAAAAUUAAAUGGAAACUAAUAUUCUUUGUCACUAUUUAUUUUUCGCAUUUAGGUCUCUUCAAUUUUGGGAUCAGAUUUUUCGCGGAGAGGGUAUCGUAAAAAUAUGUUCAGGCUAUCUAAGCACAAGAUUCAUAACGUGUACAUUUCUUUUGCAGAUCGUUCUAUUCGCAUUCGGCGUUAUCGCAGCCGCGAAGCCGGCCUACUCGACAUAUUUCGGCGUGCCGCUCGGGAGAGUCCUGGACACGCCAGAGGUAGCGCAGGCGAAAGCGGCGCAUCUCGCCACCCAGGCCUACGAAGCUGCCAGGAACACGCUCGGCUACAGAUACGCGCCUGCCGUUUAUGCACCUGCAAUCUAUGCACCUGCGAUUACGUACGGCGCGCCCAUCGGCGCGGACGGUCGGGUAGUAGACACACCUGAGGUCGCCCAGGCCAAGGCUGCCCAUCUCGCCGCUCACGCCCAAGAGGCUGCCAAGAGGCUCGGACUGGUUCCAUACGGUGCUCUGGCAUACGCCACCUCGCCCGCGUUCUACACUUACAAUUACGCACCACUUGGACCUGACGGCAGAGUAAUUGACACCCCCGAAGUGGCUCAGGCUAAAGCUGCACACUUGGCCGCGCACGCCCAGGCUGCGGCUCGAAGCGCUGAUUGAUGAGUUGGGCAAUCAUUGGAAAACCGCGUAUCGAUAAAAUCAAACUAUCUCUUCCCAUCGCGAAGAAACACGCGAAGAUAUCUGUGCCAUGUUUUGUAUGGAUCUGAUUGUGAGGAAAUUUUGACAAUAAACGACCCAUUUUUGAAAA